UCAACUUGGGCUGUGGUGUAGGCGUGUUGGUUCCAACUUUCUUCGUGACGCCGGAGAAGCAGGAGCGUAAACACUUUGCGAACCUUUUUUGGUUUCAGUUUUCAUUGUGCGCGUGCGUGCUGCUAAUGGCGGUCUUUUUCGUCCCGUCUCGUCCGCGCUACAUGGCAAGCUAUGCCGCAGCACGACAACAGAGGGGCGAGGAGAAACGCUUGAAGGCUGUUCGGGGCAUUUUUAAAGGUCACAUAGGCCAGAGUGACGGCGAACUGGAACAACACGAACAUGAACAGCAACAAGAUUCCGAACAACCACCACAACAACAACGACAACAUCAGGGGCCUGAGGAAGAGGGAGACACUUAUUUCACGGAUGAAAAUGAUGAGCAGGAAGUGCAGCCAAUCAACGUGUUUUCUACUAUCAUGGAUUCGCUCCGCAUGCUGAAGAAGAAUCCCUCCUUUGCAUUUCUUAUGAUUGCCAGCGCGGCUGAACUUGGUCUCAUAUGGGCUGUCGCCACUGUACUGCCUCAGUGUUUAACUCCAUUUGGCGUCUCAGAAGUAGAGAGUGGGUGGAUUAGUUUUUUGAAUCUUGUCUUUGGUACUAUUGUUGCACCAUUUUUUACGCAUUUUGUUGAGCGUAAGCGUCAGUAUAAAACCGUACUUGUCUUCAUAGCUAUGCUCCUUACUAUUAACAUGUCCAUAUUUGUUUUCAUGCUGGUGUUUGGUCCAUCUCCGCAUGAAAAUCGGACUUACUAUGUCGUUGCGGCAUUUAUUCUCUGGGGCGGCGUGGCUGGCCUCUGUCAGAAUUUUAUUAUGCCACUUAUGUUUGAGUUUGUUAUUGAGCUCACGUUUCCAAUGGCGGAGUCAACAAGUGCGCCUACACUGAUGUGGGCAGCAUGCUUAUCAAAUUUGAUUUUAACGGUUGUGUUUGGUGAAGUACUUGGGGAACAUCCGACACGAGGUGAGGCGCUUAAUGUUUUUAUGGGGGCAACACUUGUGUGUUUUAUUGGUGGUCUUGCACUUUUGUUGGUGUACCCGUACGGACGACGGCGUGAGUAUGAGCUUCUCAUGAAGGAGAGAGACGAAACCCAGCAGUUUUCACCACCGUUGCAGGAGUAA